UCACACCAGCUGUUCCAGUUAGAGUAGUAGUGGCCACAAAAUUUUACUGAAAUAAUCAUGCUAUUGAUUCUGGAAGAAGCGUCUGCGAUUCUAGGAGAAGUUUUAAUUUCUCCCCAGAGAUGAGCUUGAUUAUCCAAGAAGCUUUUCCUUUUGUAGAGAUGAUUGUACUUAUGGAAACUCAGAUGCCCUGCACCGCUGCCGGAUCAAGGAUGGAGCGAACUAAAACACUUCGCUGUUACAACUAGCUCUCCCUGUUCCAUGAAUCGACAGCCAGCUAAUCAAAAGGAGAUAAUGGAAAAUGUGUGACGAAAGGAGUCAAGCAAAAGCACAACGAGCAAAUCACCACCAUUGAAGUUUCAGCAUCUGUUUUUCAUAGUUGGACUAAAUCCGAUUACUCUUGUUGUAAUCAACACUGGGGAAGAUAUCAGGGCUCAGGCAACACUUUAGCCUAUGAACCGAGAUGUGCCGCCGCCCAGUCGUCGUGUCCACACUGCGCAGCCUCCGCCACCCGAUCGGCCUACAUCUAGCAAAGUUGAGACCGGGUAGGACGAGGAGGAAGCAUAGAGGGAGACUGCGGGACGAAGAGGAGAUCUCGGUCAGCAUGCAACCUACACACCAACACCAUCCCAGCUCGUGUGCCGACUCGAGUUUUGUAGCCGCCAAGGGAAGUACAAAGAUGGCGUCGAGGCUUGGGCGUGUGGCCGUCGACGUGGAGCAGGCAGAGGAGGAGCGACUACUACCCCAACGGCAGCCUCUCCUCCCUUGUCCACGGACAUGCAAAGCACAACAACCAACAGCAGACGACACCUCCAAAGCUAGACAUGGCAAGGUUCAGAUGAAUCACCAUGUGCGACACAACAGCCAUCUGAUAUAUCUUCCAAGAUAGUUGUGCCCUUUUUGUAACUACAGUAUGUAAUGAGCACUCGUAGUUCUAUGUGUUUGACUGUUUGGACUAUUA